AAAUCCAGGAUGGAGGAGAUUAUAAUUAAGAAGGGGGCAUGGUCUCCUGAAGAAGACCAAAAAAUGAAAGAUUAUGUUAUGAGAUAUGGCAUUUGGAAUUGGAACCUCAUGCCCAAAUUUGCAGGUCUUUCAAGAACUGGAAAGAGUUGUAGACUUCGAUGGAUGAAUUAUCUCCGCCCUGAUGUUAAGAAAGGACCUUUUACCCUGGAAGAAAGAGAAAUAGUCAUCAAAAUGUACCAGCAACUUGGAAAUAGAUGGUCAGCUAUUGCUGAAAGAUUGCCAGGAAGAACAGACAACGAAGUUAAAAACUUCUUCCACACACAUUUAAAGAAGCAUCUUGGACAGAAAAAUAUUGAUGCCCCGGUGAAGUCUAGGGCAAGACCAAUACCAAGACGAACGAAGAAAAAGGCGGACAAAGCUCAAGAAAAACCCAUAUUAUUUGUAGAUAUUUCUGAAACAUGGAGCAACAAGAGUAGUUUGAUGAUAUCACCAGAGGCUGGUUCUUCAAUAUUAUCGAGCAGUAGCAUUAUUACAUUCGAUCAAAACGAAAAUUUUGACAUGGAAAAGACGGUUAUCUUGGACAGCAAUCCCGCUGGAACUACUCAUCAUCAUCAUCACUCAUCCUCAGAUACUUUGAGUACAAUUGAUUCAUUUGUUGACACCACUUCAUUCUGGCUUCAUCUACUUAAUGAUGCCCAUCGUCUUAUUGUAUGAACAGGAAGGUGUCUACUUACUAAUUAAUCUCCAAUCCAAAGUAGAGAUAGAUGAAAUGGAUAAUUUAAUUAAUGAGAUGAAAUUACUUUACUUUAUCCCAUGUGGCCAAAAGGAAUAUAUUAUAUGCUACACUACUCAUGUUAUAUACUUUUGAUCUAUGUCGAGGUUAAUUCCUUGUAACGUGUAUAUAUAUAAGUAUAGGAUUCAAAGUGA